AUGGCUGUAUCUAAAGACGCCAUCCCUUCCUUGUCGGAAUGCCAGUGCCGGAUCUGCGUGGAAAUCCUAAUCGAACCCGUAACCCUCCCUUGUAACCAUACACUCUGUAAUCCGUGCUUCCAGUCUACUGUUGAAAAGGCAAAUUUAUGCUGUCCUUUCUGUCGCCGCCGCGUCUCUUCGUGGACCCGGUACCAUACUCGAAGAAAUUCUCUUGUCAAUAUGGAACUGUGGGAGACGAUUCAAAAAUACUACCCAAAAGAAUGCAAGCUUAGAGCCUGUGGACAAGAAUCAGAGGAAAUCGUUGAUGACUAUCAGCCAGUUCGUGUAUUAAGUAUACCUGGGGAAUUGAGAAAAGAAUAUGAAGAGGAGAUCAAUAAGGUGAAGGCAGAGCGACAAGCCAGUGAAGAAGAAGAGAACAAAGCCAGUGAAGAAUACAUACAGAGAUUAUUGGCAGAGGAAGAAGAAGAGGAAAAAAGACAAGCAGAAAAAAGGCAAAGAGAGAUAGAAGAACAGCUGAAAAGUGAUGAAGAACUAGCAAGGAAACUAAGCAUUAAUAUUAACAAUUUCUGUGAGAGAAGUAUCUCGACUUCUCCCUUGAGUGCUAGAAAAUAUAAUUCACCGACAGUCACGUCACAGAAGAAAAGUAAGAACCAUCAGAAAAACACUGGAGAUAUUCAGAAGUAUUUGUCUUCAAAAUCUCAAUUUGGAUUAGGAUUACAAUCUGAAGUUGCACAAGAAGACAAGAAAAACUCCAUGUGUAAGGAAAUUGACAGUAGAGAUUUGACAAGCCCUACAUGGCAAGACACAGAAAUUGAAGAAGAUAUGCCAACACUUUCUCCACAAAUAUGCCUUGAAAUUGAAGAACAAGGUGCGAAGUCUUCAGUAGAGUCACCUAUGCCUCAGUUAAGUGCCUGUGGUUCAGAAUGGCGCCUUGAAGGAGAAGUCAAAACAAGACCAAACAAUCAGGAUAAAGAGUUACAUGUUGUAAAUCAUGACAAACCUAAAACUGGAAUUCCCUACUCUUUUGAAGUUGCAGUUGAGCCUUGUGGCAAAACAGAGAGUGGCCUCAGUGUAAGUGGUAUGACACAGAUAAUUGGAAACAGCACAAUGGAGACAAAAAAUGAAGAGACUAGCCUACUGAUCAGUAGUGAUGAUAUUUCCGAAAGAAAAAACCAAGAAUUUUCCUUGGAAGCAGUCAAGGAUCCAUGCUUUUCUGCAAAAAGAAGGAAAAUAUUCUCCGAAGCUUCCCCAGACCAAGAGGAAACAGAAAUCAGCUUUACCCAGAAACUGAUAGAGUUGGAGCAUCUACUUUUUGAGCGACAUAAGCAAGAAGAACAGGAUAGGUUAUUAGCAUUACAGCUCCAGAAAGAGGUUGAUAAAGAACAAAUGAAACCAAACCGGCAGAAAGGAUCUCCAGAUGAGUAUCAGUUACGUGCUACAUCCUUUUCUCCAGACAAAUUGCUAAAGGGACAGAAGAAUAAUUCCAAAGAUAGACAGACUGAUAGAGAACAUUCAAAAUCUUGGAGAGGCUCAAGAAAUGAAAACUGGCAACCUUCUUUUCAGAUCCAGUUGAAACAUUCAGUUACCAUUAAUGGAAGAAGAAUGCCAAAUUCUACUAGAGAUCAUUGUAAGGUAUCUAAAAGUACCCGUUCCCUACAGUCCAGUAAUUCACAGAAAAGUAUUUUUCAGAUGUUUCAGAGAUACAGAAAGUAA